AUGAAAACGAACGCGACGAUUCGUCAACGCCGACAACACCCACUCACCUCAGCCGCCAUUGCGCUUUUGGCAAUCAUCAUCACGACUUUGAUACUUUUCUGGUCAUAUGGUGGCAGCUUCAGCAGAUAUCGACACCAGAGGCCGUACUCGAAAUAUAGACUGGCGGUACGUCCAGCUGAGGGAGUGCGACGUUUGCCGAGGUUGCGCCAGCUUCGGGCCGAGAGCGUGAGGCAGCAGCAGGAGCACCAGCAGCAGCUUGUAGCGCACAACACUGCGCAUGUUACUGUGGAUUCGGGGACUGGGAAACAACAACACGACGUCACAGGCGAUGUUGUCGAUGUCGUUUCUAUAACUCCUAGUUGA